AUGUUCUCGGUCGCCGAGCUGCAGCUUGUUCUGGGCGGCUCCGACGCGCCGCUCAACGUCGCCGACUGGCGGCAGCACGCCACCUACUCGGGCGGCUACCACGCCGACUCGCCGCCCGUGCGCUGGUUCUGGCAGGCGGCGGACACGUCGCGGCUGCCCACCUCGGCCACGUGCAUGAACCUGCUGAAGCUGCCGCCGUACGGCUCGCUCGAGGCGCUGCGCGACAAGUUCACCUACGCCAUCGAGGCGGGGGCGGGCUUCGAGCUGACGUGA